AACCGUAACGUUCAGUAAGCGUUACUGGAACAAAAAAAAUGUUAGGAGGGUUAGAACAGCUAGCAAGUUCAAAUAAGCGCUCACUUCACACCCAGAUUCUGUUUAAAAAGCCUGCAUGAAAUGCGCUUUUCGUCAAUGAGUCUCAGCGAGUAAGUGAGUAAGUGAGAGUAAGGCUGAGACGGGUUAAACGCAGCGGUCAGCCAUGACAUCAUGUGCCGGGGCUGGGCUGACGGCGGGGCGGCAGGGCUCCGGCAGGAGCGGACACAUCCAGAGGAGCGCAGCUGGAAACGGCACCGGGAUUACGCCUUCCGACACAGGGUCCGGGAAAAACUAGCUGGGUAUUAAGGUAAAUGAAAUAAAUGAAACUGAACAAAAAUACGUAAAGUUUAGACAAAUCCUGCCCCUCGGCAUUAUAAUCAUUAACCGCUUCAAGUGUUUAGAAAGCGGAUAAAAAACUUUAAAUUUUGCAACUCGAUUGUAAGAUGUAAUAAAACUCAAAUAGAUCUAUUUUUGACUGGUUUAUAAUAAUAAAAAGGACAGGAGGAAUAUAGGGGUACGGUAAUUUAGGAGGAGGGAAGCGGGGUGCCGGUCCCUAAACAAUGAAUUCACAGAAAGUGAUGAAGGAGGGAGUGCUGGAGAAGAGGAGCAACGGGCUACUGCAGCUCUGGAAGACCAAGCGCUGCGUCCUGACGGAGGACGGGCUGCGCCUUCACGGCCGCCGGCGCGCCAGCGACGGGACACUCGGCUUCAGCGCCGCCGCCAAGGAGCUGCGCUUCGAGCGCAUGGCCGCCGUAGACUGCGUGGAGCACAAACGGGGACUCAUCUACUUCACCAUCGUGAUGGCCGGCGGCCGGGAGAUCGACUUCAGGUGCCGGCAGGAUGGCACCGCUUGGAAUGCCGAGAUCGCGCUGGCACUCGUGCGCUUCAAGAACCUACUGGCCGUGCGGCACCGUGCGCACCCGGGCAGCGCCGAGGAGGGCGGCUGCUGAUGGCGGCCUGGAAGGACACAUUGCAGGGCUGGAACAGCAGGCGAUCUUGUGUUCUUCAGCACCUUACUGCCUAGGACCUUAAGAACACAGACGGCUGGGGUGUCCACAGGAUCUUCCCUGAAAUCAUGUGAAAUCACGCAGAACCAAAGGCUAGAACCCUUUCCAGUAUCUGACCCUGUCAUAAACGCUCACGCUGACGCGGGCAAACCACGGAUGUAGAAACACCCCAUCACGGAGAGGCGGGUACCUGUGGCAUCAAGUCCACAUUCUUGGCUGACUGGCAUCACAGACCACAUGGGAUUCCUUUCAUCCUGGCUGAAAACUGGAGUAUUUUGAGUUUCUUCAUCUCACACACAGCACAGCAGAAUGCGACCAUUUUGCGUUUAAGAAUCCCGAACCUCCCAUCUUACACCUGAGAAUUGUUCUUUUAUGUUAUCCUUUUGACAUCUUUCUUGUUUUAUUUUACAUAUUUAAUGACAAUCAAGCCCUCGGACAUUGCGGGCGAUGUGAGCAGUUAGCGGCAGGGAGGCGGGGCAGGCCGAAGCAGUGAGUCACUCCACGUUUUUAUUGGCAUGAGCGAGACCCUUUGGCUCAGGGAGGGAAACCAGAGAAGGACGGCCUUUCAGCUCAAGGGCUCCUUGGCGAAAAAAGCACCUGUGGUCUUUCUCAGAACGGAAAAUCGGAUCACUUGGAAUUUCCUGGGAUUCCGUCCGGGUCAUGGUCAAAUAUUUAAUUAAUUUGCUGCGAGUCGCACCCAUGAAAAGUGUCCGACAGAUGCGCAGAUAGGGAAAUAUCUGUGUCAAAGACCAUAAUGUAAUGUCUACACAAGCAACCCAAUCAAACCCCAGAAGGUAAUUGAGCAGGAGGAGAUGAUACAGUCAUCUCACGCUCACCAGAGUUUUGGGUGAAUGUAGCUCUAAGAAAGAACCUGUUGUCAUUGAUAUUUUUACAUUUUUGUCUUUAAAGGAGAACCGUGUUCAGGUACUGCUUGGGUCACCACGGCUUCUAGUAUAGCUGUCCAAUUUACAGGAUUCCCUUUGAAGUUUAACAGUGAGAGAAGGUUCACUUGCAGGAUUGAGGAUGUACAAUCAUACCCACAGAAGAGGCUCUAUCUAUGAUGAAAGGGUCUUACAGUGCUACUCGUUUGGAAGUUGUCAAAGUGUAUUUCUUGCUCUUGUUUUUUUAAAUGAUACUUUUUACCUUUAA